AUGUGGAGUGUGCGCAGCUGCGUUUGCACCAGGAAGCAGAGCUCAGCGGAAGAGCUGCUGUCAGCAUCGGAGAUAGGAGGAGCCUGUCCUGGCUUUGAAGCUGCAGGGGAUAAUGGAGCCACAGUGGCACCUGUCAUUAUGGGACAUGUAAAUAGGAUAAACAGCCCUGAGCUACUGAAGAGGUGCCCCUUCCUGAAAGGCGGCUCAAAGGGCUCUCCAAGUUCAUCUCUCGCACUGUUUCUUCCUCUCAAUUGGAGGACUGAACAGAACGAGGAGAAUGUCCCAGCCGAAGGGGAAGAAAACCUUCUGUCAGACCGCGUAUCUAAAUUCUCAGUUCACAAACCGCAAUCAUCUGGAACAGGCUUAGAGAGACCGCGGGCAGCAGCAAGAGGGACAGUGCAAGUUCCAGGAGCCUUGGCUGCUGCUCUGGCUUUGUUCUGUGAGCCUCCCAGGGAUCGCAUCCCACAUCAACAUGUGAAAACGCUGGAGAACCGUGAAGAAGGCAGGGCCAGUAUUUACAAGUCCGUGAUCAUCAACACCUCUAAGGAAAUGAUGUGCUUCAGUGACCACUACCCCAACUUCAUGCACAACUCCCAGGUCCUGGAGUACUUCAGGAUGUAUGCUAAAGAAUUUGACCUUCUCAAAUACAUCCAAUUCAAGACCACAGUGUGCACUGUGAAGAAACAACCUGACUUCUCUACUUCAGGUCAGUGGGAGGUGGUCACUGAGUGUGGAGGGACAAAGCAGGUGGCUGUCUUCGAUGGAGUCCUGGUUUGCACAGGCCACCACACAGAUGCUCACCUACCCUUGGAAAGCUUUCCUGGAAUUGAAAAGUUCAAAGGAAAGUACUUUCACAGCCGAGACUAUAAGAACCCAAUAGAAUUCACUGGGAAAAGAGUCAUUGUAAUUGGCAUUGGGAAUUCUGGAGGGGAUCUGUCUGUGGAGAUCAGCCACACAGCCAAGCAGGUUUGCAUCCAUAAUUGGUUUACUUUGCUUCAUUCUGACCAAGGAAGUAGACCCAGGAAAGAACAGAGAGACCUACACAUGGCCCACCUGGGCCUGCAGCAAACACGUGGGGCUUGUUCACUGCCCAAGUUGCAGCUUUAGGGUUGAUGCUGAAUACACAACCUAUAAAUCAACAUUUUCAAAUGGACCGAUGAAUUUCAGUGCAUCAAG